AUGACUAAGAGAACAACAAAGGAGGCAACUAUCUUCCAUGGCAGCCGAAAAGGUGAAGCUUUUAGGGUUCUGGAUCAGCCCCUUCUCGCGCAGAGUUGAAUGGGCUCUGAAGAUGAAGGGUGUUGAGUAUGAUUACGUAGAAGAAGACGUCUAUAAAAGCAAAAGCAGUCUGCUCCUUCAACUGAACCCUGUUUAUAAAAAGGUGCCUGUUCUUGUUCAUGAUGGGAAGGCAAUAGCUGAGUCACUUAUUAUACUUGAAUAUAUCGAUGAAACAUGGAAGCAAAAUCCUUUGCUGCCUGAAGAUCCUCACCAAAGAGCAUUGGCUAGAUUUUGGGCUAAAUUCUCUCAUGAGGUUUGGGAGAUUGCAUUUAAUGCUAUGUGCUCUACUGGUGAGGAGAAACAAAAGCUUGUUGAACAAUGCAUAGAAGCCUUAGAAAAGAUGGAAGAGGGAUUGUUCAAAGGGAAGCAGAUCCUGACAGGGGGUGAGGGUAGCAACAUUGGGUAUCUGGAACUUUCAGUGGGAUGGAUCGCUCACUGGCUGCCUGUUAUUCAGGAUGUUGGCUCAAUGCAAAUUCUAGACCCGCUGAGAUUCCCGGCCACUGUAGAAUGGAUCAACUGGUUUCUCAGCCAUUCUUUGAUCACAGACAACCUACCUCCCAAAGACAGGAUGCUUGUGUUUUUGCCCCAGAGAAGAGAAGAAGUGGCUUCCACAGGUCUUGGCUGGGUCAAGUUUUAAAUAAUGGCAACAUGUCAACAUAUAAUGAUGGUAAGCACUAAGCAGUCAUAACUACUAAUAAAUUGAGAUCUUUACAUAAAACUUCUUUGGUGUGUAUUUCAAGUUUGUUGAUGCUGGAUUUGCAAUAGUUUGAGACUAGAGUUUAAAGGAUUUGUAAGAGUUUGGUAUGUAUUUCAAGUUUGUUGAUGCCGGGUUUGUACGGGUGUCUGUAGGAAAAGCAGGCCCUUUUGUUUAGCUUACUGAUAUAAGUUUGUUGAUGCUUGGUUUGCACGGGUGUUUGUAGGAAAAAGCACACCCUUUUGUUUAGCUUACUAAUGUAUAAAGAAAGUAGACUGUUUAAU